AUGCCCCGACUUGUACGCCGCCGCCCGCUCACCGAGCGCAUACUUUCACAUCUGAACCCAUACGACUUUUUGCUUUGGCUCUCCGAAGAGUUUGAAGGUGGUGACUGGGAUCAGCUAGAGAAGGACUGGGCUUUGCCCAUUGGCAUCGCGCUCAACGUGGUGUUUCUUGUCGCCCGAGCAAAUAGUCGCGCCGGUGGCAGCAAGGCUUUCGACGAUGUGUUUGGUGACGACGAGGGAACGUCCCUGCUUGGUUGGCUUGCUUCGUUCACCGUCCAUUUGAUGGCCCUUGCCUCCACGGCCAAUGCAAUCUACACUUUCCAGAAAAAGAGACACUAUCGCCUAUUCGAGAAUUCAAUUGAUAACAACCCAGCGACACCGUCUGCCCAGCGUGUGCGGGUCGAAUCAAGCCCGAUGAUGCCGUCUCCUCUACGAUACAUCGCCAAUGCCCUAUCGACUGAAUCGGCGCAGUCCAGAGCACACCCAGACGCACAAAGGGAUGUUUGGGAACUGGCGAUCUGGGAUCCUUCGCCACUAUGCCUUCGACUAUUCUGCUUAUUCAGCCCCGGGCACGUCUUGGUAUACUGGUUAUUCCUCCCUACGCAACUUUCCGAUCCACGCCCUAGUGUGACAAUUGUGACCACUAUAAUUUUGACGGUUCUCCUGUCUGUCCAGAUGUCGUUCAUAUCUUCCUUCUACACUCAGCAAGCUAAGGACCAAAAGAUUGUGCAAAAAGAGGUAUUCAAAGAAUAUGAAACCAAAUAUGUCCAACCGCGGACACACCCACUCAUGAGAGAUGUUGGAACACAGUUCUCAGAUCCAUACGGUCAACCACCGAAGACCGAGGAGGAAUGUAAUAGGGUCGAGACUUACAGCCCAGCCGUCAUCAUUAACCGUGGUUUUAAGACCAGUCCCAACCCUAAUUACCUCAAGCACGUCGACCCAGAAGGGUUCACUCCAGUCCGCCAAACAUCCUCUACUCCUAUCUCCUCUAUAUUCCAGGGCCAACCAUCAUACACCCCAAGCACUUCUCGAGAUGGGUCGCCGAUGCCCCGAACGAACAACCGUACAACGAUGCGACAGCCGCAGUUCCGAUCCACUGCAACAGCAACAGGCGAUGGAGGCAGCCUUGGUGUUUACAGUCACGCAAACUCUCCAUUGCGGAAAUCUGCGACAACUUCCUUUGACCGCCGGUUACAAAACAACGGCGAUUUUGUUUACAAGGAGCGUGGCACAACCCCCAUGAUGCGGAAUUCAAGUCCUUUGAAAAGAAACCUUUGA